AUGAAUGUUAUAACAAUUGAAGACUAUAAGAGCACAUAUUGGCCAAAGUUGGACAGUGCCAUAGAUCAGCUUUUAACUCAGAGUCCUGGUGACUACAUCCCUAUUUCCUAUGAACAAAUAUACAGUUGUGUGUAUAAGUGUGUAUGCCAGCAGCAUUCGGAGCAGAUGUAUAGUGACCUAAUAAAAAAGAUAACUAACCACUUAGAGAGAGUCUCAAAGGAGCUGCAGGCCAGCCCUCCAGAUCUCUAUAUUGAAAGAUUUAACAUAGCUCUUGGACAGUAUAUGGGAGCAUUGCAGAGCAUUGUGCCUCUUUUCAUAUAUAUGAAUAAAUUUUACAUAGAAACCAAGCUUAACAGAGACUUAAAAGAUGACCUUAUAAAGCUGUUUACGGAACACGUUGCAGAAAAGCACAUUUACAACCUAAUGCCUUUACUUUUGGAAGCUCAGUCAACACCGUUUCAAAUAACUCCUUCAACCAUGGCAAAUAUUGUGAAAGGCCUGUAUACACUACGACCAGAAUGGGUACAGAUGGCACCAGCUUUAUUUUCCAAAUUCAUCCCAAAUGUUCUCCCCCCUGCUGUGGAAUCUGAGCUUCAGGAAUAUGCUGCUCAAGACCAGAAACUUCAAAGAGAGCUUAUUCAGAAUGGAUUUACAAGAGGUGACCAGUCACGCAAGAGACCUGGAGAAGAGCUUUACAGUGGCUCAUCAGCUUGUGCAAGCUCCAGGGGAUACAGAUAGUGAAUAUACUGGAUCAGCUUCUACUCCCAGCCAGAAGAGACACUGGAGGAGCACAGAUGGUAUCUGGAGCCUCCUUUGGCAACUGCUGAUACUCAAGCUCUGACACGAACUUUGCCUCAGAGAAGAGUUUUGGACUUUCUUCUUUGUACAACGUCAGUUGCUGCUACAGUUGGGGUGACUUUGAAAGACAUGAUUCCUUGGUCUGGCCUAUCAACAAGUUCAUGUUCUGUGACUUCUGUGAGGAAUGCACCUUGAAAAACAAUCCUUUCAAAGUGGAAGUGGGCAGCCGAAAUCAGCAGCUUCCAAAAGCAUUAGAAUGGAAGAAUCCUUUUUGCACUCUUUUCUUAAUAUUAAGGACAUUCUUAAAACUAGUUAACACGUCAGUGUAUUAGUUUUUGAACUUCCAAGUUAUUUUCUGGAGCUUCUACUUAAUAAUAAGAAUAAAGUUACAUUAUUUUGCA